AUGAGAAAGCCGAGCGACGAGACACUUCUGGUGGAUACCGACCUUGAGAAGAAGUUAACGCUGGCUUUGCAAAGAUUCCUCGAAGGUGCUACGGGUCGCAUAUCCUUGAACGAGAGCGCCGGAGGUGCCAUUAUACAGACUGUCAGCUGUGGAAACUCCUUAGCAAUCUUCUACGAUGGCUUAAAGCUGAGCCAGGCCGACCUUAUCAAGGGCCUAGUUUCGAUCGAACGCACUUUUGGAGACAUACGAUCAAUGUCAGUUCCAUAUUGCCAUUUCAUGCUUCCUGUUACUUUCACGCACAGAAAGCUCGAAGAUGCCAUGGACCGACACAUGACCAACCAGCGCCCCACUGCCACGUACCUUCCAGACCCGUUCAAGUAUCUGGCUGAGAUCAAUGGAAUAUCGCCAGAGCAAUUGAAAAAGCAGGUUCUCAACAUUCGCUGUGUCGUUUUUGGAGUCGGGUUCUUCAUGGCUUUGCCAGUGCUGCUCGCCGCAGACCCCCGGCAACGUCUGAGAUGCCCAAAAAUGAAUCCAAGUCGAACUUACACCCCUCAAGGUUGUCUGGCCUGGGGCGGAAGCGCAAUGUCAAUCUGUCCGGUGGAUGCACCAGGAGGCUAUAUGCCUAUAGGAAUGACAAUGCCUGGUGUAGAUAUCUUUGGAACUAAGAGUGGCUUUACCAAAGAACAACCGUGGAUUUUCCAGGACAUGGAUACGGUUGAGUUUUACGAUGUUACCGAAGAAGAAUACGAUGCUGAGAUGAUGAGGUUUAAAUCAGGAAGCUACAAAUACAGGGUGCAAGAGAGCACCUUUGACUUGGCAGAACACAAUGAGCUAUUGAAGAGUACAGCUGACGAAGUAGCUUCACUGCUGAAAGUGCGCGGAAAACUUCAAGACGAGAUGGCGAUUAAGGAGAAGAAAAUCUUGCAAGAGUGGCUGGAGAGCAAAGCUGCGGGCAACGAAAUCCUGGACGACAUAAAUACUGACAAUCCCAACCCCCACAUCGUUGAGUCUCCCGUAAACGCCAACGUCUGGAAAGUUCCAGUAAAGGACAGAGAUGUCAUAAGAGCCGGACAGAAGCUAGCUAUCCUCGAAGCUAUGAAGAUGGAGAUUGAUAUAUGUCUGGAUGCCCACAUAGAAAAGGCCACCGUACAGAAAGUGUUGACCCAACCCAGCGAUACAGUAGUUAGUGAAAGACCUUUAUUUGUUGUUUCGAAGUUUUAA